UGUAGCAUGUGCAAAGAGAGUAGCAGGCUCUAUCACUAGCUCGAUUGUAACUUUUCAGAAAGCGAAAUAUAAUUCGGCUUGCAAACAGCUAGAUAGUUUUCCUAGGAUAUUUAGUUAGCUUACAAGGAAUCUAAUUAUAGCUAACAAAUAAUCACUGCGUUGUGGAGAUAUAUUUAUUAAUCCCGCUAGCACCUUGCUACUUUGUUCACAGUCUAGCUAACGUUAGCUGGCUAACUGUAGCCAGCUCUGUUCUUUAGAAUAAUAAACGUUAGCUAACUAUCGCACAAACUAGCAAACGUUGAAGUUAUUCAUCUUUGCAGCUCAUCUAAAGUUAUAUUUUCUUGGCUCAGGGGGAGGCGGCAGGUACCUAGCUAAUUACUGUAUAUUCAGCUAUCUAAUUGCCAAUAAACUUUAUUGCCUUAUCAUAAUAGAUAUCAACAGACAGCCAUCGAUAAAUUGUAAUUUCGUCGUGCAACUGGAUAGAUAGCUUUUUAGCUAUCUAGGUGGCAUUUCGGUUUAACCGAGAAAUGGCAGGUAGUACUACAAAAUCAGUCCACGAUAUUUUUGAGUCGAUGGAGUAUGGACCAGCUAGUUCCAACACUUCGACAGCACAGUCCUGGCUGGAGAGUCACUCACAUGCUCUUGGUCUCUUUAUCAACGGGGCAUUUGUCUGUCCAUCAGACCGGCAGGCAUGCAACGUAACCGAUGCCUCAGGCCAAAGGCUGUGCAGCACUGUGUGUGCAGCAGAUGAAGAUGUUUCCCUCUCGGCCUCCUCCUCACUCACUGGAUUCAAAGCCUGGAGCGAGUUGAGCUGCUAUCAAAGGGCCAAGGUUUUCCAAAGUUUUGGCAGUGGUCUUCAGAGACACAGCCAGUGCCUGGCCGAGCUGUGUGAGAUGGUUCAGUCUCCCAGCUCUGUGUCUGCGCUGGUCCGGCUGGUGCAGUACUACAGUGGGUGGGCUCAGCUCAGAGAUGUGCAUGUUUCUGGCUGGACUCCUCAAGGUGUGGUGGCUGUGGCUGUCUCUGAUGACUGCUCCCUGUAUUCCCUCCUGCUGAAAGUCUUACCAGCAUUAGCUGUGGGCAACGCCGUCAUUGUGAUUCCUGGCUGUGGAACUGCCCUUCCUGCGCUCUUGAUUGGCAGCCUUUUUCAUGAGGCGGGGCUUCCUGCGGGGACACUGAACGUUGUCACCGGAAAAGAUCUGAGCCUGGGGAUCAAAGUGGCUCAAAAUCCCAAGAUAAACUGUUUCACUUACUGUGGGAAUAAGAAGGAGGGAGAAAUGCUGAGCAGAGAGACUGCAGGGUGGGGAGUCCCUGUCUCUCUCUCCCUGUCUGCCAAUGCAGUCUGUCCUUUCAUCAUCUUUGAGUCUGCUGAUAUUGACAGCGCUGUGGAUGGAGUAAUAGAGACUGCCUUCAAAAAGAAAAAAGAGUGGCAGUGGGUGCUGUGUGUGCAGGAGUCAGUUUGGGAAAGCGUUGUUGCACGGCUGAAGGUUCGAAUGGCAGGAAUGAAGUGUUUGCCUCUCUUGGCUGAGUCUGAUCGGCACAUUGUUGAGGCUGCAGUACAGGAAGCUCAACAGCAGGGGGCAAAUGUGGUCCAGCCUUGCCCUCCGCCCUCCUCCCUCUCCCUUUACCCCCCGACUGUAUUGUGCGGGGUAGCUCCCUCAUGCCCCUGUGUGGUUGCUCCACCUCCUGGACCUCUCUUACCUAUGCUCUCCUUCAGAACUGCUGGAGAGGGGCUCACCAUUGGAAACCACAGUCCACAUGGACAGGCUGCGUCCGUCUGGACAGAGGACCUGACUCUGGCUCUGGAGAGCGCCAAAAGUCUGUCUGUGGGCACAGUGUGGGUGAACUCUCACUCUGUCUUUGACCCGUCUCUCUGUCUCUCCGGCGUGAAGGAGAGUGGGAACUGCACCGACGGAGGUCAAGAGGGUCUGUUUCAGUUCCUGCGGCCCUCUCUCUCUCCUCCUCUGCCUCGCUCCCGUCCACUCUCUGUGGAUUAUGUCAAAUUUGGGAGCGCUGCAUCGAGACCCCCCAUUCCCGGAGGAGCUGAAACCGCUGGUCCUGCCAGGGCCCCGCGCUCCUAUCUUCAGCUUGUCGGAGGCCGGCAGUGCAAGUCUGAUUCUGGGAGCAGUAUCGCGAUUUUGGCACCAGAUGGCAGUGUGCUCGCUUACUGCCCUGAUGGGGGUAGGAAAGACGUUCGCAAUGCAGUGGAGGCUGCCAUAAAAGUCCAGCCAGGCUGGAAGAAGAGAAGCCCUGUCUCUCGCUCGCAGGCACUCUAUUCUCUUGCCGCAAGCAUAGAUCUGAGGAAGCGAGAUAUGGCAGUGUCGCUUCAGGCUCAAACCGGCCUCUCAUUGGAGGAGGCAGAGAGGGAGGUGGAGCUUAGCAUUUCUCGGCUCUGUGAUUGGGCUGCCCACUCUGACAAAGUAGGGGGAGGCGUGCAGUCUCUCCCCCAGUCUGGCUCCGCUCUGUCUUUACCAGAGCCACAUGGAGUGGUGGGCGUGGUCCUCCCUGACAGAUGGACCCUCCUCUCCUUGGUUUCUUUGCUUGGGGCGUCCCUUGCAGCUGGCAAUGCUGUUGUCAUGGUACCCAGUGAGAAACACCCACUUCCUGCCUUAGACUUUAUUCAGGUCUUGCAGUCUUCUGACAUCCCAGAGGGUGUGGUCAGCAUCAUCACAGGAGGCAGAGACCAGCUGACUCAGGCAAUGGCCAAUCACAGCGUCAUACAGGCCAUAUGGUACUGGGGCAGUCAAGAGGGUUGCCAAUACCUGCAGUACACCUGCUGCAAUCCCCUGAAGAGCUUGUGGCUUCACUGUGAGGAACAAGGAGGGGCUGAAGGGAAAGGAGAGGGGAGGGACUGGGCUCUCUCUCAUCCCUCACUUCUGGAGGAGAUGUGGAGGCAGGCCACACACUGGAAGAGUGUGUGGAUACCUACAGCUUAGAGAGAGAGAGAAAGAGAGUGCGUAGUGUGAAGGAGAGAAUACAGUGGAGGGUGAUAUUCAUUUGGACUUUGAAAUGCAUUGAAGUAUUCAUUAUUUGUCUGCCACCUGUUUGCAUUUUUCUGUGCCAGACAUUCCAAAAUAGUAUUAGAUGAAACAUUCAAAUGCGAGUAAUAUAUUUCUGGUAUUUUUUUUUGGCCAAAUUAGAUUUAAUUUUAAUUUUAAUGCAGGUGCACCGAUGUGUUUCCAGACAGAACUGUAAGCCAUUUGUUUACUAUAUCAAUUUCUGUGAGUGGUAAAUGUCUGAUGACAAGAGACAGAAUCCAACUUGCCAGCAUUAGCUACCUCUAUCUCGCACACACACGUAUACUAUACAUUUUUACCCGCCUUAUCAAAUUUGUUAGAAAGAAAUGUUUGAUACAUGAAAAGUGGUUCUAUGAUUAGUCAAAGGUAAUUGUUAUGAAGACACAUAAUGGUCCAAUCAUGUGAUACUGUUAAAUGCAGUGCUACUCAACACUGUAAUUUACAUAGAUACUGUAGUGCUGAUAUUGGCAUGGCUAUGAAAAUAAUGCACUCUGCUUCAUUACUGUAUACAGCUGAGUAAUAUGUAAAUGUGCUGGGCAACAUGCCACAACCUGCUAAGUAAUUACACAUGACUGUGUGACACCUGAGGAUACAGC